CACUGUUUUUUUUUGAGCCAUCCCCUAAUACAGUGCAUUUUGGUAUGUUGGCAGUUUACUAAACAUAUACCAUUUGCCUGUUGCCUCCUGAAGGGAUUUUUUUUUGGGCCUUCGCCCUGUGAUGUUUGUUAGCCUGCAAUUUGUUGUUGUUUAGUCAUUUAGUCAUGUCUGACUCUUCGUGACCCCAUGGACCAGAGCACGCCAGGCACUCCUGUCUUCCACUGCCUCCCGCAGUUUGGUCAAGCUUAUGCUGGUAGCUUCGAGAACAAUGAGUUACAGGAAAUUCUAUUCGAGGCACUGCUGACUCACAUCAUUCAAGUUUUCCCUCUCCUCACAGAUGCUUCUGGGCUUCCCUGUUGGUACCGGAUCACCCUGUGGGCAGGUGGCUUUGUGAUCAUCAUCCUGGGGGUGGCUGUGACAGUCUUGGGUGAGUAUUAUUUAUUAUUUCAUUUAUGAAUUGCUGUCCAUGUGGCAUCCUGAAGUGGUUUACCAUACAAUAAAAGCAUAUACAGAAUGAUUGUCUAAAUAAAAACAGUUAGCACAUCUUCCAUUAGCUCCAGCCCAUUUGGUCUGGCCCCCUCUCCAGAGCCCUCCUUCUCCCCCCACCCCAGUGGUUUCAGUUGGCUGGGUUGGUGUGUAUGGAGCACCCUUUACAAGUCUGGUGCAUGGCCAUGUUCUGCGUACUCCCAUGAGCUUUCACCAGGGCCAUACCCCUUCCACAAAAUCAGGUGUUGAAAGUUCUUCGCAUUGUGGAGUCUAGAAUUUGUUCUACUUCAUACUCCCCCUCUCCUUCUACCAUGACGGGAGGCGGAGGUGCUUGUCUAGGUGCCUAGUAAGGGUGUGCAGGCACGACAGGCAACAAAACUGAUCUGCGGAAGAUGGGGUGAAUCUUCAUGGAUACGGGCAAUCAAAGCCAGAAAGUCACAGGGUUGAUCUGAUCUACAACUUUAAACGGGCCCAUCCUCUGUGGCUCCAAUUUCUUGCACCUGCCUUUCUGUGGCAAAUCAUGUGUCAACAGCCAUACCUGAUCUCCCACCUUAAUCUCAGUGCCAGGUAUUCUGUCUGCAUCAGCCAAUCUCUUACAGGUUUCCUUAGCACAAUCCAAAACUCUCUUUUAGCAAACUCUGUAUUCCUGUCAGUUCUUCUAUGGAGUCUUCUGCUGCCGGCACUGACAGGGAGUCGGUCGGGGAUGGGAAGGUGCGAGGAUGGUAUCCAUAACUGGCAAAGAAGGGGGCCUGCUGUGAUGAAGCAUGAAGAGUGCAAUUGUAUGCAAACUCAGCCAAGGAGAGAUUGGAUACCCAAUCGUCUUCCUGGUAGUUCACAUAUUCUGAUUAGCUGUCAAUUGGGAGUAGAUUGACAGCUGAGGAGAAGUAAUGUCAGUUGGGAAAGUCAGGGAGGGAGGGAGGUGUGAGGCAAACAACUCCCAAAGCUGAGGUGAAAACGGGUAUCUGAGGCCUGAAUAAUAAGCUGUUCUUCCCCGUUACGGUAAUAAUAGUUUGCUGGUGAAUAUCAGAAGAAGGGAGCUGGUGGCUGUGUUAGACCAAGUUGCUGCCCCAGAUAAAGAUUGUAACAGGAAUAAAAUGGCAGAAGUGUGUCACCAUUGUCUUAUCAUAUCCAUCUUCUUCUCUCAUUCCUUGGCCUCUAAAUUUUGAAUUUGUGCCUUAACAUUACGCCUACUCAUUUAACUGGCUUUCUUUGUUUUGCAGGGACAGCUUUGCAGUUGGAAGCUGACAAGGGAAAAAUUCUACUGAACAAUGGUGGAUGCAAUGCCUCAACAGUCAAGUUUCUGGCUUCCCUAAGACACAGCAUCUGCAAUCAAAAUCAGUAUAAUUCCUCAGGUAGAACUGAUAUAUUGUACUGCUGUCUCUUUCAAGCAUAGUAAUUGUAUGUAAGUUCUUGCUUUCAGUUCACAUUUAUGUUGUUUUGUAAUAAUUUUAUUAAGGUUUUAAACAAAGAAAAAAAGAAAAACAACACACACAAAAAACAAUACAAAACUUAACAAUAAAAACAAAACAUAACAAUUAAAAACAAACUCUCUUUUCCAUUUCCAAUUUUAGAUUACUUAUUUUCUGGACUUCCUCAUACCUCCUUUUUUUGUAUUCCAAUCCACAUUAUUUGUCCAGCAGUUUCUUUUCCACUUUUUAAUCCCAAUCUUUAAUUUAAUAAAAUGUUAAAAUAUAUAACUUCAACUUUUUUUAAACCUAAUCCUUACUCUUAAUAUCAUAUAGCUUUAAAUUUUUCCCUUUUAUUAUCAAAUUUCCAUUUCUUUAAACAUCUUUAAUCUUAAUCUUUAAUCUUAAUCUAUCCUUAACUUUAACCUGUACAGCUGGAAACCACUUAUUUUCAAUCCAACAUCACUCUAACAUUCCUUAAUUUUGCAGUGUUUCUGAAGAUAGUCUUUGAAUUUCUUCCAGUCUUCCUCCAUCGACUCUUCUCCCUGGUCACGGAUUCUGCCAGUCAUUUCCGCCAAUUCCAUAUAGUCCAUAAGUUUCAUCUGCCAUUCCUCCAGCGUGGGAAGUUCUUGUGUCUUCCAAUACUUUGCGAUGAGUAUUCUUGCUGCUGUUGUUGCAUACAUAAAGAAAGUUCUAUCCUUUUUAACACCAUUUGGCCCACUAUGCCCAGGAGAAAGGCCUCUGGUUUCUUGGGAAAGGUAUACUUAAAUACCUUUUUAAUUCAUUAUAUAUCAUUUCCCAGAAAGCCUUAAUCUUUGGGCACGUCCACCAAAGGUGAAAAAAUGUACCUUCAGUUUCUUUACAUUUCCAACAUUUGUUAUCGGGCAAGUGAUAGAUUUUCGCAAGCUUGACUGGGGUUAUGUACCACCUGUAUAUCAUUUUCAUAAUAUUCUCUCUUAAGGCAUUACAUGCCGUAAAUUUCAUACCUGUGGUCCAUAACUGUUCCCAGUCAGCAAACAUAAUGUUAUGUCCAACGUCCUGUGCCCAUUUAAUCAUGGCCGAUUUUACCGUUUCAUCCUGAGUAUUCCAUUUCAGCAGCAAGUUAUACAUUCUUGACAAAUUCUUAGUUUUGGGUUCUAACAAUUCUGUUUCUAAUUUGGAUCUUUCCACCUGGAAGCCAAUUUUCCUGUCCAAUUUAAAUGCCUCCAUUAUCUGAUAAUAAUGAAGCCAGUCUCGCACUUUUUUAGUUUUUCAAAACUCUGCAAUUUCAGUCUAUCUCCAUCUUGUUCCAAAAUUUCCCAAUAUUUCGGCCAUUUGACCUCCAUAUUGACCUUUUUCAAGGCUUUCGCUUCCAUUGGUGACAGCCACCUUGGGGUUUUAUUUUCUAACAAAUCCUUAUAUCUUAACCAAACAUUAAAUAGCGCUUUCCUGACAAUGUGGUUUUUAAAUGCUUUAUGUGCUUUGACCUUAUCAUACCAUAAAUAUGCAUGCCAUCCAAAUACAUUAUUGAAACCUUCCAAGUCCAAAAUGUCAGUGUUUUCAAGAAGUAGCCAUUCUUUCAACCAGCAAAAGGCUGCUGAUUCAUAAUAAAGUUUAAGGUCUGGCAGGGCAAAUCCACCUCUUUCCUUUGCAUCUGUUAGUAUUUUAAAUUUUAUUCUAGGCUUCUUGCCCUGCCAGACAAAUUUAGAGAUAUCUUUCUGCCACCUCUUGAAACAAUCCAUUUUGUCCACGAUCUGCAAAGUUUGAAACAAAAACAACAUUCUAGGCAAUACAUUCAUUUUUAUCGCAGCAAUACGGCCUAGCAGUGAAAGCUUCAAAUUUGACCAAAUUUCUAAAUCUUUUUCACUUCUGACCAACAUUUUUCAUAAUUAUCUUUAAAUAAAUUCCCAUUUUUUGCUGUCAUGUUAAUCCCCAGGUAUUUAACUUUCUUAACCACUGUUAAACCUGUCUCAUUCUGAAACCUCUCUUUUUCAAACGGUGUUAAAUUUUUGUCUAGAACCUUGGUUUUUGACUUAUUCAAUUUAAAUCCUGCCACUUGACCAAAUUCUUGAAUCAGUUCUAAAACCCUUUUUGUACUAGAUUCUGGCUCCUGUAACGUCAAUACUAAGUCAUCUGCAAAUGCUCUCAAUUUAUAAUGUUUAAUUCCGACCUGUAUACCUUUAACCGUCUGGUCCCUUCUAAUCAUAUUCAGCAGAACCUCCAGGACCGAAAUAAAAAGAAGUGGGGAAAUUGGGCAACCUUGUCGUGUCCCUUUUUCAAUUUUAAGUUCUUCCGUCACAACAUUAUUUACAAUUAGUUUAGCCUUUUGUUCUGAAUAAAUUGCACUUAUACCAUUCUCAAAACCUUGGCCUACCCCCAUACCCUGAAGAUUCUUCUUCAUAAAAUUCCAAGAAAUAUUGUCAAAGGCUUUCUCCGCGUCUACAAAUAUCAACACUGCUUUAGUGUUUAUAUUCACUUCUAAUUUUUCCAAAAUAUCAGUUAUAUUCCUCAAAUUAUCAGACAUAUGUCUUCCUGGGAGAAAGCCCGCUUGGUCUUUAUGAAUCUCUUCCAACAACACUUUUUUAAAUCUCUUCGCCAAAAUAUCUGCAAAAAUUUUGUAAUCCACAUUAAGUAAUGAUAUAGGGCGGUAGUUCUUAAGUUGUGUCUUUUCAGUCUCUGUUUUUGGUACAAGUGUAAUAUAUGCUUCUUUCCACGACUCUGGUGCCCUCUUCCCCUCCAUAAUUUCGUUACAGACCUCUUUCAAUGGUUGAAUUAACCAUUCUUUUAAAGAUCUGUAGUAUCUAGAGGUCAAGCCGUCUGGUCCUGGAGAUUUACCCAGUUGCAUAUUUUGAAUGGCACCUUCUAUUUCCUGUUCAGUUAUUCUGUCAUUCAAAAUUAGUCUCUUUUCUUGAGAUAUUUUUGUAGUCCAUUUGUUUUCAAAAAUUGGUCUAAAUCUGUUUCUUUCACUGGCCCUUGAGUAUAUAGUCUUUUAAAAUACUUCUGGAAACAACUUCUAAUCUCUGCAGGGUUCUGUAUAUUCCUUCCUUCCACUUCUAAAUUCGUAAUCGUAUUUAGUUUUUGUCUCUUUUUCAUUUGCCAUGCCAACAAUUUACCACAUUUAUUGGCCGAUUCAAAAGUCUUUUGUCUCAUUUGUUUAAUCUUCCAUUCUAUUUCCUGAUUCAUUAUUUUCAUAUAUUGUACUUGAUGUAACUUUAACUCUCUCAGAAUCUCUUGAGAUUUGGGAUUUACUCGCAGUCUUUUUCACAUUCAUUCAUUUUGUUCAUAAUUUUAUCCUUCUUUUCAUUUUGAGUUUUUUUCUUUAUCGCAUUCUGUUGUAUUAAGAACCCUCUCAUAACAGCUUUACUUGCGUCCCAGAUUACUCUUUUCUCCACGUUGGAACUAAGAUUUAUCUCAAAGUAAUCUCUUAAAGUUCUUUGGGCCUUCUUAAGAAAUUCUUCAUCUCUAAAUAAGGUGUCAUUCAUCUUCCAUCUGAAGGAGCCAGUUGGUGUUAGUCUCAUUUCCAUCUUAACAGCAUUAUGGUCGGAGCAAAUUUUCGGGCAGAUUUCCACCUUUCUUGUCUUUGGUGCCAUUCCUCUAGUUAUCCAAAUUUGGUCAAUUCUUGUCCAAGUCAUUUUGGCUUCAGAAAAGAAAGUUCCCUCUUUGCCAAGGGGUUUCUAAUUCUCCAAAUAUCCACUAAGUCCAAGUUGUCUGUCAUGUCAAAAAAGGUUUUCGGUAGUCUACCAUCUUUGGUGACUACCUGUCUUUGUGCCUUGUCCAUAUAAGUAGAUACCACUCCAUUCAUAUCUCCCAUCAAAAUCAUGUUGUAAUCCAUAUGGUCCAUCAAGGUCUCAUGCAACUUCUUAAAGAAAUCAGAUUUCCCAUCAUUUGGUGCGUAAACUCCUACAAUCAAAAAUUUUUCUCCUUGUGUUUGAAUUUCAAUUGCCACAAAUCUUCCUUGGUCGUCCUUAAAAACAAAUUUUGGUGAUAAAUUGUCUUUUGCGUAAAUCACAACCCCUCUCUUUUUAACUUUAUCUGACGAAAUAAAUUCCUGACCAAGUCUUUUAUUUAUCAACAAUUUCCUGUGUAAUCUUGUUAUGUGUGUUUCUUGUAAACAAAUUAGGUGCAAUUGUUACUUUUUAAUAUAUGAAAUACUGACUUCCUCUUCUGAGGGAAUUCAGACCCCGACAGUUCCAUGUUAAAAGUUGCAGGGCCAUGAUGUUAUUGUUUUAGUUCUCCUCCUACUGCACCUAGUGCCUGUUCCUCAUCCGUCGGUGGUAUCCCUUCUUUCGAAAGGUCUUUUGGUUCCGGAGAUAGUUCUUUUUGUAGGUCUUCUCCGUGGUCUCUACAAAAUUUGUCUUUGUCGUCUUCCGAUCUUAUUUUCCUCUUCUUUCCUUUGUAGCUAAAAGACAGGCCUUGAGGAAGUUCCCACCUGAAAUUGAUAUUGUUCCUUCUCAGCAGGAUAACCAAGUCUUUAUAUUUUGAUCUGAGAUCCAGAAGAUAUUUCGGAAUAUCUUUGAAUAUUUCCACCCUUGUCCGAUGGAUUUCCAGUGUCUUCUUAAAAUGUAGGCCCAAAAUCUUAUCUCUCUCUUCUUUUGUUUGAAAAGUAAUCAGACAGUCUCUCACCUUCUUCUCUCCUCUUCUCCCGAGUCUAAAGGCAUUUACUAUUCUGAAGCUGUCUUUUACCGAUUCUGGAUCCCAAAAGUCCAAAAAUUCCUGCGUGAGAAAUUCAGCUAGAUUGUCCUUUUCCACCUCAGGUACCGAUCUGACCCGAAGGUUCACUUGCUUCUCCUUCAAAUCUAUCAUAGACAGGGUUAGUUUGUGGUCUUCCAAUUGUUUAUGCAGUGUUGGUAAUUCCUCUUGAACCUCUUUAACUUCCGUAGCAGAAGUUGUAGCAAUUUCUUUAGCCUCUUCAGCAAUCUGGCGAAUUGAGGCCGAUUCCUCUAAUAAUUUCUGAAUAGUCUCUGUGUUAGUAUUUACUUUUUGGCCCAAAUUAUUUAUACUCACUGUAUUCUGGUUAGUACUUGCUGUAUUCUGGUUAAUACUUGCUGUAUUCUGGUUAAUACUUAAUGUAUUUUGAUCAAUCUUAUCAGAAGCCUCUGCUACUUGUUGACUUAUUUUAUUCAAAGAUUCAUUAACUUUGGCCAAAACAUGAGCAAAGGCUUCUUCACUUGUCGUGCUUUUUACCUUUAAUUGUGCCGAUGAGGCUGUUGUUGAGGUUCCAGAAGGGCCUGAGGCCGAAGCUCUCCUUUGUAAUCCUUCUUCUGUGCGAAGAAUCUUCCCCGAUCUUGUAGUCGAAGCAUCCGCCUUCUCUUUCCCAUCUGCCAUUCCUUAGAUAACGCCAAGGUCAGUCACGUAUUUGAAGUUAAACAGUGGAAAUUUCCUGCCAAGCAGUGUGAGAACUCCUCAAGUCUGCUACAGUUUCAGUUGUAACAAAUUGUAACAGUUCCAAGUUCCACUAGGGGGACACUGUAACAGUCAUAAAAGUUCUUGGAUACUUUAAUUUCUUUUUUAAGCCCCCCUAGUUUAUUCAGGAUGAAAACAGUCUAUUCAGAAUUUUUAACUUAAGACCAGGAGAUAUAUAUUCACAUAAAUUGUCCAAACUUUUAUUUCUUGUGCUGGGCUAGCUGUCAAAAUAUAUUACAAGACAGUACCUCUCUUUCUUUCCUGAAAUCUGGAGAUCCUUUCCCAGGGAAUUGAGUGGUGGUUCAAUCCCUUCUUUUCCACUCUUUAUGAAGAAAUCACAUCCACAAUUCUCCCCCUUUUCCCUCAAUUUGAAAAGGGAAAAGUCCAGGUUAGAUGAUUGGAUUAAAGUCCACUAAAAACGUACUUUCCAAUUGCUUCCGCUUUCAAGUUCAAUGCUUUAUUUUAUCUACAAAUAAAGAGGCUGACUUCCUUUUUGAGCCUCUUUCCGUUUUCGGCCAGAUUCCAGUUUUAUACAGUUCCAAUUUAAAUUGUAUCCUACUCACGGAUCGUUGAUUUUCAGGUCUGGAUUUUAAGGAAGAAAGGCAGCGCUCUCCGAUCAACAGCUUGCGGCUUCACACCACGAACGAGCAGACAGCCCACAGCACAGCGCUCUCCCCGCUCCGCUUCAAAGCCCGUUGCCGGGCUUCCUACCGGGUUGGGGGGGGCGCCAAAUGUGCCCGCUGGGUCCCAGGCUCACAGGCUUCUCCCGCCUGUGAUUUUUGAGGGUCCCCCGCUACGCCGAAAGCGGGAUCCGACCCUUAAUUCGCAGUGAGAUUUCCUCCGGUGGAGGAAAUCCGCCAUUAAUCGCUGGCGCCGCCUCCGGAAGUCAUGACAUUUAUGUUGUUUUGAGGCAUAAAACCUUCUGUAAAGAAACUAAUUUCAUUAAUUGAAAUUCAUUCAUUUUAUAGACUCAUAAAAUUGUAGAGUUGGAAGGGACCUUGAGGGUCAUCUAGUCCAACCCCCUGCAAUGCAGGAAUCUCAGCUAAAGCAUCCAUGACAGUUGGCCUUCCAGCCUCUGCUUAAAAACCUCAGGGAAGGAAAGUCCACCAUCUCCCAUGGAAGACUGUUCCACUGUCAAACAGCUUUUACUGUCAGAAAGUUUUUCCUGAAAUUUAGUCAGAGUCUCUUUCCUUGUAACUUGAAUCCAUGGUUUCAGGUCCAACCCUACUGAGCAGGGAAAAAACAAGCUUGCUCCAUCUCCCAUGUGGCAGCACACAUUCCAGCUUGUCAAAAUCCUUCUUAAAUUGUGGCACCUAGAACUGGACACAUGACUCCAGAUGGUGUUCUCAUAGCUUGGUGGUAGAGUCCCAGAUUCCAUCCCUGGUGUCUCAAACUGCUGCUGGUCAGUGUAGACAAAACUGAGCUAGAUGAACCCCGUGGUCUCCCUAAGAAUAAGGCCGCUCCCUAUGGUCCUGAAUCAUCAAGCAUUGGUGGUUUCAUUCUAGAGCUAACUUCACACUCAACUCUGGCCAAUGCCUUUCUCACUAAGAGCCAGGUGAGGGAGGGGAGACCCACACAUUUUCCCUCUGGAACAAAGCCACUUCCUUUGCUAUACCAAGGACAGCAUUUAAGUCUAUUAACUCACCUGGCUAGUUAAUAUGGAAUCCUCCAUUAUAGUUUAACCUUUUCUGGAUCCAGGACCCCAGGAAUUAGAAGGGACUCAGGUAUAAUGGAGACUGACAGCCCCCCCCACCCCCCCACCUCACCAUAGUAUUGUCAACACGGAGCUACCAUGAAACAGACUGUGGAGACCAACUUGGACAUGUAAGGCUGCAAUUUGUCUUGUAAACUCCAUCUUCAUCUUUGUCCUCUAGAGGGCUCCAGUUUCCUCUCUCUGAACUCAUUCAGAUGCAAAAACUAGGCGAGUAAUAAACUUGCAUUUGCAAAAGGCCUAAACUAAGCAUGAUGUGAGAGAUCUGUACUUUGAUCUCUGUAUCUUUUUAUACUCAAAAGCAUUUUGAUUGUGCAGGGAGGACUGAAUUGGAGCAGGACUAUAAAAGAAGCUUUAAAGGGGCAAAUCUGAAUCAAGCUGCACGCCUGUUUCCCAUAAAAAUCACCUCCCCACCUGACAGCUAUUGUCGCACCUCCCCCCAUUCUCCUCUAAAAAGCACCUUCUGGCUCAAACAGAGGGCAUGUUUCUGGGUGGGAAGCCAGCACUGAGUCCUGAUAGAAAUGGAGAGCAUAAUCUGGAUCAGGGCUCUUCCUUCAAAAGAACUGUGGCAAAUUUAAGUACACUUCCAAAAAAAAAAAGUUUUAAAAAAGUGAAUAACAUAAAAAGUUGUUGGACCCCAACUUUGAGGAGUUUCAAAGAACGCCCUGCAAACCAUCAAGAAGAAGUGUGUCACUUCUGCUCAUCCUGUAUAUUUGUAAAUAAAUGCAACUAUUACAAAAACGCUGUAAGCCUGAAGGCACCUUCUUCCAAAGGAAGCUGAAAUUAGGGAAGCAAUGAACCUUUGGAUCUUCUCAGUGCUUGGGGGAAUACAGUGCAAAAAAGAGAAAUAUCUCACAGAUUCCAAGAACCACAGGUUAUUUUUUUGGCAGUAUGCUUAAAUUGCAAAGGACUCUUCCUUUUUCCUGGCAUCUCUGAGGUAUUUUUUUGCACCUUAUUCUUGGAUGCUUCCUGGUUUUGUGGUUUUGGGAGGAAUAGGACAAUUGCAACAAUAUAUUCUGUUUUGAAAGCAAAUAGCUUCAAAAUCUUUCUGUCCUUAAAAAUGCUGAUAGAAAUCCCAUUGCCACAUAUUUUUGUCUAAAGAAUGCAGGGGCUCCCGAAUGUUUGCAUAGGAGGAAUUUGGGCAGGUGUGUUUACUUACAUCCCUGCAUGAUAAUAUGUUUCUCCCAAAUUCCCUCCUCUGCACAAUGAGUAAAUAUACAAGUGUCCUGGUCUCUUUUGCAGCUUGCCUUCAUUAUCUUAUCAUAUCAAUCUUCUUCUCCCCAUUCCUUGGCCUCCAUAAUUUGAAUUUGUGCCUUAACAUUAUGUCCAUUCAUUUUAAUGACUUUAUUUGUUUUGUGGGGGCAGCUUUGCAGCUGGAACCUGAAAAGGGAAAAAUUGUGCUGAACAAUGGUGGAUGCAAUGCCUCAACAGACAAGUUUCAGGCUUUCCUAAGACUCAACUUCUGCAAUCAAAAUCAGAAUAGGUCCUCAGGUAGAAUUGAUAUAUUGUACUGCUGUCUCUUUUAAGCAUAGCAAUUGUAUGUAAGAACUUGCUUUCAGUUCACAUCUAUGUUGUUUUGAGGCAUAAAAGCUUCUGCAAAGAAACUCAUUCAUUGUGGGUGAAUCAUAGACUUAUAGAAUUGUAGAGCUGGGGGGAACCCCAACAGUCUCCUUGCAAUGCAGGAAUCUCAGCUAAAGCAUCCAUGGCAGAUGGCCAUCCAGCCUCUGCUUAAAAACCUCCAGGGAAGGAGAGUCCACAACCUCCCAGGGGAGACCGUUCCACUGUCAAACAGUUUCUACUGUUGUUUUUCCAGAUAUUUAGUCAGAGUUCUCUUUCCUUGUAACUUGAAUCCAUGGUUUCAGGUCCAACCCUACUGAGCAGGAAAAAAACAGGCUUGCUCCAUCUCCUGUGUGAUUUGAGCUAGAGGAACCCAAUGAUCUCCCUAAGAAUAGGGUCCUGAAUUAUCAAGCAUCAGUGGUUUCAUUCUAGAGCUAACUUCACACUCAACUCCGGCCAUUGCCUUUCUCACUAAGAGCCAGGUGAGGGAAGGGAGACCCACACAUUUUCCCUCUGGCACAAAGCCACUUCCUUUGCUAUACCAAGGACAGCAUUUAAGGCUAUUAAUAUGGAAUAGUUAAUAUGGAAUCCUCCAUUAGAUUUUAACCUUUUCUGGAUCCAGGGCACCAGGAAUUAUUAGGGACUCAGGUAUAAUGGAGACUGACAGCCCCCCCCCCAAAAAAACCCACCUCUCCACAGUAUUGUCAACACGGAGCUACCAUGAGACAGACUGUGGCGACCAACUUGGACAUGUAAGGCUGCAAUUUGUCUUGUAAACUCCAUCUCCAUCUUUGUCCUCUAGAGGGCUCCAGUUUCCUCUCUGUGAACUCAUUCAGAUGCAAAAACUACGUAAGUAAUAAACUUGCAUUUGCAAUGGCAUGAUGUGAGAGAUCUGUACUUUGAUCUCUGUAUGUUUUUAUACUCAAAGGCAUUUUGAGUGUGCAGGGAGGACUGAAUUGGAUCACGACUAUAAAAGAAGCUUUAAAGGGGGCCAAUCUGAAUCAAGCUGCACGCCUGUUUCCCAUAAAAAUCACCUCCCCACCUGACAGCUAUUGUCUCGCCUCCCCCCAUUCUCCCCUAAAAAACCCCUUCUGGCUCAAACAGAGGGCAUGUUUUUGGGUGAGAAGCCAGCCCCGAGACCUGGUGGAAAUUGGGAGCGUAAUCUGGAUCAGGGCUCUUCCUCCUUCAAAAUAAAUGUGGCAAAUGUAACUACACUUAAAAAGAAAAGAAAAGAAAAGAAAAAAGAAAAGAAACAAAGUGAAUAACAUAAAAAGUUGUUGGACCCCAACUUUGAGGAGUUUCAAAGAGCACCUUGCAAACCAACAAUUUACUGGACAACUUCACUCAGCCUAGUGACACUGGGUCUUUACCAUUGCAGAGCAGUUAUGUUUAUACAAUCGAAAUGGAGGCCCAGUCAUAAUCAUUAAGUGUCUUUCCUUCCACAGAUAAUUCCCCUUGCAAAGUGUGCCCUUUGCAGUGGCAGCUCCACAGGGACAAGUGCUACUGGCCAUCAGAAAAUAUUAAAAGCUGGAAUGAGAGCCAACGUGACUGUUCAACAAGGGAUUCUCAACUGCUGGUCAUCCAAGACAAGGAGGAGCUGGUAAGGGGACAAUUGCAUAUUUCAGGCAAUGCAUUCGCAUGCAUGUUAAUUCUGAAGGAAGCCUGAGUCCAACUGAGCUUAACUCUAGCUUAGUAGCUCUGCAAUGAUAACAUGGUUGGUGACUUGAGAAGCAUGUGGAGUGUGGGGCCUUGUUUAGUGCUUCAUCCCAUUCCCACCCACGGCCAGGUCAUCAGUGUCUAGAGAAGGCCUUGGGGAGCUUGACUAAUGAGAACCAAAGUACCCGUUGCAAGCAAAUCCCUGUAACUGUAGCCCAAGUCCUCUUUUUAUUUAGAAAGACUCUUUAGGAAGGUGAGGUUGGUUGUGGAGCAGUGGGAGAGGAGGAGCUGGUGUUCCCCUUGUUUUCCCCCCAUUCCACAUGGCCUUUCAGCGGCUUUUCCCCAUGGAUGCUUUAAAGCGUGUUUGGAGGCUUUUUCAAUGGUGUUCCCCAUAUACACAAUUUCACUUAAAUGCACAGUUCCUUGCAACGUAACCCUUGUGUAAAUAGGGAGGCCUGCAUUAUAAAUGCUUAAUGCUGCUUUGAUUACUGUUCUUGGUGAAUGUUUCGUUAUAAUUAAUAUCAACUUUCACAUUUUACUACUUUAUUUUACUUUAAUGUAAGCUUUAUUCUGAAGUUAUCAACUUGAAAAUAAUUUAACAAUUUUUUUUAUAAAAAAACACAUUAUCUCAUGCAGGAUUUCAUAGAAAGCAUUACUAAAAAUUCAAAAUACUGGAUUGGACUCUCACUAUUAAAAUCGAAGAAGAAAUGGAUGUGGAUUACAGGCUUCCAGCUUGAUCAGAGUCUGUGAGUUGUUAUUGUUUUUAAUCUAAGCAAAAAAUCAUACAAUUUUGACUUUUGAGAAAUUGGGAAAGGUCUGGGAUGGCAAGUUUCUAUACCAUGAAGUCAUGCAGGUAGUUCUAUUUUUAUUUUUAUUCACUGGCCACUUCGCUCCCCACUCAUGGUCUCAAUUGAAGUUCCCCCCUUUCUCCAGAACACUGGUUCUUGGGGGGAAGAAAAGAUCUUUAGGGGUGUGAAUGGAAUAUUUUCCCUAUUUAUAAGUGCUAUAUGGAACCGCAGUGGCAGGGAGUGGAGGUGUAACCCUUCCCACUUUUUUUUUAAAAAAAAUGCAAAGUGAAAGAAUAGUAGAAAAUCCUCAUGCUCCUUGCCAUAACCAGUGAUAACACCCUUCUCCAUGGAAUUCUUAAAAAAACUUCACCCUGUUUCUAUUUCCAAGGCUUUCUUUCACUCCUAACACACACAAAUGGUCAAAAAGAACUGGCCAAAAAUAUUAGCCUGACCUAAGAGGAAAAUCAGAGAAGAGAGAAGAAAGGGAAAACUGGCAAGUUAUUGGCAGUUAAUGAUGGGUGCCCCCCCACCAUCCCAUUUAUUUUGGGGUUGCCAACAGACCGGUUUGAGUUUAAUGUAGUUGGGAAUGUGCUGAGGUCCAAAUAUGGAUAAGCAAGCCAACUCCUGCUCUCAAGUUCCUAUAUCUGCCCAAUUGCCCCCAUUUCACUAAUUCUUCCUAGGUGGCAAAUUGGUAGGUCAUUUUCAUUCAGAGGCGUAGCAUGGAGGUGCCACUGCUCCGGGCACAAUUUGGAGAGGGGGUGCAGACAGGCGUCCCACAGCAGGCUCCUUCAUCAGAGCCUGGCUCUGCUUCAGAAGGAGCUGCUCCUUGGUUACAGCGCUUGUGCCUGGUGCCAGGGGAGGAGAGCAGGCGAGGGGGAGGCAGCGCUGCUCUGCCACUUGGUCACUUCUGACGUGGUGGUGGAGAGGAGGAGGAGAGUGGGUAGCAGCUUCCCCAACCCUCUCCUACUCUGAACUGUGGCGCAGGAGGGCACUCUCUGUGCAUCACCCUUUUGGGAGCGUGCCGCGGGCAUAUGCUCCACCACUGUUUUGAUUUCCAGAUCCCUGGUGGAACAUCAACCACUGCUGCAAUCCUCCUUCCCAGGCCCCAAAGUCUUGGGGCAGGAAAAAGGUGGUGAUGCUCCCACUAUCAAGCUCAGCAUGACUUUCUUCACUCUCUCCACUUUGAUGCAAGUUUGGAGGAUUCAAAUGCAUACAACCAGCUUAUUGUACAUUUUGGGAACACUCAUGCUUUCUAUUAAGAAUAUGAAAAAAUAGUUGUAACAGACUUCAGUCCUGAUAUUCAGAUGUACCCUUUUCUUCCACAGAUUUAAAGAACCAGACUAUGCUGAGAGAAACUCUUGCGCUGCAAUAAGACAUAAAAUUAUCUCUGAACGCUGCAUUGCUGAACUUAGGUGGAUUUGCCAGAAAGGCCCUCUCCUACUCUGAUAUUUUAGUUUGAUAAAUGUAAUAAUUAUGUGGGUUUUGGUUAUUUGCUAGGAACACACAAUAAAAAUGUCAUUGAGUGACUGAGAAGAUUAUGUAAAGGUAUUAUUCUAUUGUCAUCAAAAUACCUCUUUGUGAAAUCCAGAGGCAGCACACCUAAAAUGGAAUUCUAAGUCAUUUUAUGUUGGCUAUUAAAAGAUUGGUUUUAAGUCACAAUUGAGGAUCAGCUGUAGAAUUUGACAGUGCAAAAUAAAUAAUAACAAUAAUAAUAGUACCCCACCCAUCUGACUGGGUUUCCCCAGCCACUCUGAGCAGCUUCCAGCACAAUUAAAAACAUAAUAAAACAUCUAACAUUAAAAAUGUCCUUAAACAGGGCUGCCUUCAGAAGUCUUCUGAAAAUUGUAUAGCUAUUUAUUUCCUUGACAUCUGAUGGGAGUGCUUCCCACUGAGGGGGGUGCCACUACCAAUAAGGCCCUCUCAUGCUCCGGCACCAGGGGGUGGAGAGCAGACGGGGGUGGGGCGCACCGCACGCAGGGGCGUGAUGCGCAUCCUGGGGGCGCAGCACGUCGUCUGCAGGGGCGUGACACCCAGCACGGGCAGGGGAGGGAAGCCGCGAUGGCACCUGACCAGGAUCGCGCUGCCGGGGGUAAAUCAUAGUACCUUUGUUUUUUAUUGAAUAUAGCACUGUAAACCACAUGCACCAUUGUAAUGGAUUGCUUUGUUUGUUAUUUCUGCCCCAGGUACAGCAAUUAGCCCCCCAAUUCCUCCACAACCUGUCCUUUAUUUUGACCAACCAAAGGUGGCAACCCUAUCCACCCAUCAAUCUCCUUUAUUGGCAUAGAAAAAGUGCAUCAUAUACAUGGAUCAGUACACAGCACAGUUAACAAAACGAAGUAGGAAAUAUUUUAGGAUCUCCUCCUUCAAUAAGAGGGCCAAGUACUUAUCGUAUAUUUUUGCAUAAAAUGGGCAAUAAAAUAAAAUGUGUGUGAUGCAUUCGACCUGUUUAGUGGCACAAGAUCAGUAUCUUUCAGAGUAUGGGAUUUUUGAGAAUCUACCUUGCAAAACUGUUAUAACCUGCCCUGGGACUUUAGACUGAAUGUAG